AUGGAUUCCAAAACAGGACCUGAAAUUCCAGGUAUCAUUCAGCCAGGCAAUGUUACUCAAGAUUUGAAGAUGAUGAUUUGCAAGCUGCUCAACUCUCCCAAACCGGCCAAGACUUUCCCUGGAUCCAAUCCCGUAUCCUUCCAGCACUCUGAUAUUGAGGAAAAACUGUUGUCCCAGGAUUAUUAUGUGUGUGAGAAGACCGACGGUUUGCGUGCGCUGAUGCUCAUCUUAAUUAAUCCAGUCACUAGGGAACAAGGUUGCUUUAUGAUUGAUAGAGAGAACAAUUACUAUUUGGUGAACGGAUUCAGGUUUCCAAGACUUCCACGUAAGGAUAAGAAGGAACUCUUGGAGACUUUGCAAGAUGGCACGCUGAUUGAUGGUGAACUUGUUAUACAAACAAAUCCUGUAACAAAACUGAGAGAGAUGCGAUAUCUGAUGUUUGACUGUUUGGCUAUCAACGGCCGUUGCAUAACACCAUCUCCAACAAGUUCAAGGCUAGCACAUCUUGGGAAGGAAUUUUUCAAGCCAUAUUACGAUCUAAGAUCGCUAUUUGCAGAACAAUGUGUUACCUUCCCUUUCAAACUUUCAAUGAAGCACAUGAACUUCAGUUAUGAUCUAUUAAAAGUGGCCAAUAGUUUGAGUUCGCUACCCCAUGAGUCAGAUGGUUUGAUUUUCACCCCAGUCAAACUUCCUUACAGCGUAGGGAGCAAAGACUCAUACUUGCUCAAAUGGAAACCAGAAGAUGAAAAUUCCGUUGAUUUUAAGUUAAUUUUAGAGAUUCCAAUGGUUGAAGAUGAGUCGCUGCCCAAGAAAGACCCUGCAAGAUGGUAUUUGAAUUAUGAUGCAAAACCUGUGUUCGAUUUAUAUAUCUGGCAAGGCGGUGCUGAUGUUAAUGCCAAAAUACAACACUUUGAUCGCCCUUUUAGCAAGAAAGAAUUUGAGAUUUUGGAGAGAACAUACAAGAAAUUUGCUGAGCUUGAGAUCAGUGACGAGAAAUGGCAACAACUGAAAAAUUUGGAAGAACCGCUCAACGGGAGAAUUGUGGAAUGUUGUAAAGAUCAAGAAACUGGAGCAUGGAAGUUACUGCGAUUCAGGGACGACAAAUUGAAUGGUAACCACACUUCAGUGGUUCAGAAAGUUUUAGAGAGUAUAAGUGAUUCAGUCAAGGUAGAAGACCUUGCGGAAGUUAUCCCAGACAUUAGGCAACGCUGGGAGCAAAGAAAGGGCACUGGUAAGCCUCCUUUGAACCACUUCCAACCACAGCAGCAACAGCCUCAACAUCACUCGAAUGCAAAUCAGCAUGCAGUUACUAACAAGGCGGUCGAACAAUCGGCACAGCCCAAGUAUGUAGAUGAGGGUGAUUGGUCUGAUUGA